AUGAUUAAGGAGGAGGAAUAUUAUGCAUCACUAUUAUCAUCAUCAAGUUUGACUCCAUUCUUCUCAGACGAUAUUACUUUGCAAAUCAUAAUUCGUCUACCUUCAAAGUCCCUCAUUCGAUUAUCAUGUUUAAGCAAAUUGUGGUACGUUUUCAUUUUCUCAAACCAACACAAUUUUGCGAGAUCUCAUCUCCAACACCACCAUCCCCAUGGCCGUGGCGGCGCAUUCUGGAUGGGGUUCUACCAGAGAUUCUUCUCGUUUCGCGACGCCCCCCGUGCUCAAGAUUUACCGAGGUAUCUAGCAGAUGCCGAUCCAGUUACCAUGUUUCGUACCCGGCGUUACGGCUCCCUCAAUGUUUGUUUCCACUUACCCGAAAAAUUAGUUAUGGUUGCAUGUUGUGAUGGAGUACUUUGUUUCUUCAAGAGAAACGAAUCUACUUUCCCGUACAACAAAAAAGACGUCCAAAUCUACUUAUGGAACCCUGCGCUACGUCAGUGCAUCCAACUCCCGUCGAGAAUCAACGUUGGUUAUUAUUGCAAUAUCAUUGGUUUCGGGUUUGAUUCUUUUAGCCAAGAUUAUAUAGUGGCUAAAAUACAGUAUUGUGGUGUGCUUCCCGAAGGCCGAACUAUCCACACGGUGGAUGUUUACACACUAAAGACUCAUUCUUGGACCACAAUUCGUUUCGAACCCAUUUCUCUCAAGUUUUCACCCGACCAAUGUAAUCCAAAAUGUGUUGUCCUGAAUGGAUAUGUAUAUUGGCUUAAUCCAAUAAAACAAAAUACGGUGGAUUACAUUCAUGCAACCAAAGGAGAUAAUGAUGAUGGUAAAGAACAAAACAAUCAUCAUCAUCCGAUGUUGUUAAUUCCAGACUUUGUAAUGAUAGUACCAAAGCACAGACGACUUGCAUUAUACAAAGGGCGUCUCGCUUUGUAUGGUAAUACCGGAGAUGGUAACUAUGAGCUUUGGGUGAUGCCAGAAGUAAUAACAACGGAGACAAAUAAUAACAAUGAUGAUGGAUCAUGGAUGCGCAAAUUUGUGAUAUCAACAAGGGAUUUGGGUUUCCAGUUUCGGGAUUGGUGGGAUUGUGUUACUCCGAGUGGGAGGUUUUUGGCCUUGGAUCUGAAUCAGGCCGCGAAUCGCUAUGCCAGCAUCGGUUACGGCGUAAGGGUAUUAUGCGAACGUCUGGUUCUUUACAAUCCGGAGACUAGAAAUGUUGAAGAAGUGAAAGAUGGGAUGACCCAAUGGGGAGUCUACUUUGCGGCCGAUAAUUAUGUUGAAAGCUUUGUUCCACUCAUGCCUCUUCAACACAUCUUGCUCUCCACGCAAAACAAAGUGAAAAAGAAGAAGAAAAUCAGUAGUCUUUGGCGAAAAAUAUUCCUUCCAUCAGCUUGA